UCUCUGGCCUGUUAUCCAGGAGCUCAGCCUUGGUCCCUCCUGGCCUGGGAAUCUACCAAUCUCCGCCAUGACUUCUUGGAAUCCGUCUACUCUCUCUGAUGCUGCCCGGUGGACAGGGACACAAAGUGGGCAGGUCAACUGAGUCACACAGCUUGUUCACAGAAAUAUUCCCAUGUUCUCUCGCUCCUCCCCAGACUCCUGCUGCCAGGAAGGGGCACACCUGGGCUAGAGAUCAGCCGUCCUCCAGCAGAGCCCUACUGCUCCGGGUGCCAGGUACUGACCCAGUAGGUUCCCUCCACUCAGUGGGUCUAGAGAGAUGGAUCAACUCAGGGAGGACGUCACCUGCUCCAUCUGCCUGGAUGUCUUGGACGACCCCGUCUCCAUCGAGUGCAGCCACAACUUCUGCCAGGGCUGCCUCGUGGCUCACUGGCGCGGGGUCUCGGCCCAGGGCUACCAGUGCCCCGAGUGCCGGACUCCCUACUCCAGGGACAGGAUGACCCCAGACAUGCGGCUGAGAGCCCUGCUGAAGAAAAUCACAGAGCCCCUGCGGGAAGAGAUGGAGCUGCAGGGGCUGGGGGCUCAGCCAGAGCCGGGGCGCCCAGUGCAGCUGGUUCGUCUGGAUGACAAAGGCAGCCUGAUCCUGUACGAGGAGGCCCUGAGCCUCUGCCUGGAGCAGGGUGGGGUGGGGGACGCCCCCGUCUGCCUGGUGUCCAUCAUCGGGGAGCAGCGCCGGGGAAAAUCCUUCCUGAUGAACUGCCUGCUGCGCCGGCUCCAGAGCCUGGAGGCUGUGGAUGCGUCAUGGAUGGGCUGAGAGGACGAGGCCCUGGGGGGGUUUGAGUGUCGCAAUGGGACAGCGACCGUGACGAGGGGUGUGUGGAUGUGGGACCAGCCCCUCUGGGUCCAAGCCCAGGGGAGGAGGGUGAGUGGGGCAGGGAAGCAGGCAGGGGAAUGGGGGAUGGGGCAGUAGGGGAGGGGAAAGAGAGUGGUGUG